UCAUAUGAAAAUUGUUGCUUCUCUUCAAACCAUAUGUUUGAACGUUAUUGUCUUUGAAUGGGAGAAUAUUCAUAGAGAGUUCGUUGAGAGACUCCCAAAGGACCUCUUGAAUAUCCUUGUGGAAAAGUUCUCAACGGACAGAAAACUGUCUUUUCGGGUUCUCCAAUGGUUGGAAGGAACUGAGUUUCAACAGCUUAAUUUGAGCAGUCAGGCGGGAAGAGUGAGUGAUGAUUGGAUGAGCCCUAUUUCCACUUUUUUGCUUGAAGCGCUUGUACUAUCUUUUUGUGUACACUUGACUGAUGAAGGUUUGUAUAAGUUAACUUCUUCACAAGAAGACUUGCAUAAAGACUCCCCCUUGACUUGUUCACUGAAACUAUUGGACCUUUCCGGUUGUAGUCAACUUUCAAACGUAGGAAUGGAAGCUCUUAGCUACUUUAGAAGUUUGGAAACCUUGGUUCUUGAUCAUUGUUCCUCGCUUGGAAACAUAUCGUUGUCAUACAUUCGUGACAUUCCCUGUUUGAAGAGUCUGAGUAUUGCUUGUUGCGAUAAAAUUUCUGGAAGUGGGUUGGAACAACUUUUUUACUUGAAGCGUUUGGAGUUUUUAAACCUUUCAAGUUGCUCUCGGAUUACUUCCGAUGCAUUAUUGCACAUUGGCAGCCUGAAGAAUUUAAAGCAUUUAAAACUACGUAACUGCGCUAGGGUUGACAAUAGAGCUCUAGAACAUAUUGGAAAUUUGACGAGUUUGGAGACCUUGGAACUCUAUGAAUGCGUCAAGAUUGAUGAUAAUGGUUUGAAAUAUCUUCAAAAGUGCUCUCAGAUUCGUCAUCUUUGUCUUUCUGGAACUUGUAUCAGUGCAGAUGGGAUUGCAUCUCUUGCUGAUAUAUUUAUGCCUCAUUUAGAGAAUCUCCAUUUAACUCGUUGUUCAAAUUUAGUGGGGUCUCAAUUUUCAGUAUCGUUGAGAAAACUUUCCAAGAAUAUGAAACGGUUGCAGUUGAGAUAUCUGCAUUGUGUUGACGAUGAGGUUCUUCAAGCAAUAAGCGAUUCAUUUCCUCAAUUAGAAAGUUUGAACUUGACAGACUGUCGAUAUGUGACGGACAGAGGAAUUUCUUGGCUUGAGAAGUUAUCCUCACUUUCUAUGUUGAAACUUGGAGGAACGAGCGUUAGUGACUAUGGAAUUUUACGUAUAAAAGACCUUUUGAAAAGGAUAUCGGAGCUUGAUAUAUCAUCUUGUAUCCUAUGUAGUGAAAAAAUUACUAGUCAUAUUUUGAAUAACGUAGAGCACUUGAAAGUUUUAGAUAUUUCUAACAAUCCUCAAUUGACGAAGAAUUCUUGGAGUCUAUCUUACCAAAAUUUUCUUAAAAGACUGCCUCUAAAAACCUUAGUAAUUGAAGAAGGGGGCACACUGGGAAAAGACUUCUUGACGAGUGUUGCCUGUCUAUUCCCUAAACUGGAGACUUUAUUGUUGUCAAAAUGUCGCAUUGACGGUGAUGACUUCAAAGCAUUUACAGAUUUUGGCUGUUUGAGACAUUUAAAGUUGUCUCAUUGUGAGGUAUCGAAACCAUUCAAAUUUGACUUUUUGAUUUCUUUGAAGAACGCCUUGCAACAUUUGAAUUUGAGCAGUUGUCAUUUUGUGACUGACGACCUUUGUACCAUUAUUGGUGAACUUAUCAAUUUAGAAAGUCUCAAUUUGAAGAAUUGUCGCAACGUUACCAAUCGAGCGCUCUUAUCUUUAUAUUCCUUAUCGCAUUUAUCCUAUCUUAAUCUCCGUGGAUGUCCAUUAAGUCAAGAAGCAGUUUGGUUACUUGAGCGAAACUUGAACAGUAUUUCUGUACUAAAAUAUGAUAUGACCAAUUGCACUGGUUUUUAUCAGAUAACUCUUGGCUUACAACAACAUUAUUAUUAUUAUUCGCGAGGUCUGAGUCCAUCAAGUGAUGAUAUCUCAAAUAGUUUUGUUGAACCAGCAAAUAUUUUAGAAAGAGAAGAACGAGCGAGUCGUCUAGGAAUGGGAUACUCCUCCUUUCCUCCUUUUGGUAAAGAUUGUUCGCAAUCAUUGGACUCUUGUAAUGUAACAAAGUCAAUUGGCAGUUUUCGAAGGAGAAGACGUAAGAAUAGAGCUGAAGAGUCGUUUUCAUUAUCACCUUGCAAUGGAAAACAAGAUACUCAUUCCAAAUUCUUUUUGUAUAUGGAUAGUGUUCAUCUUCUGGAAGAAUUUGUAAAGCAUUAUUGAUGAUCCAAUGUUUAUAGUCUUUCUAAAACAACAAUGCAUUCCAUAUGUG